ACGCAUUGUAUGUAUUAUUUGAUCGAUAAUUUUUCUGUGAAUACCUUAAUUUCGAACAACAAUCAAAAGUGACUGUGACAUUUACGAACUUAAUUUUAAAAUUUACUAGAUGGUGCAAAAAAUGGAUGAUGAUGAUGAAGAGGAUAUUCCCGUUCCUAUCAACAAUGAUCUAGAACGACGCAUAGCGGACGCUUUUGAAGUUUUUGAUCAUGCAGGAAAUAAAACUGUAGAUAUUCGGGAAAUUGGUACGAUUCUAAGGGGUUUGGGAUGUUGCCCUACCGAAGCAGAAGUGCAAGAAAUUACGGUGAGGGUGGAGAAUACUGAGGCUCCUGGAAGUGUUCAUUUAAGCAAAUUUCUGCCGUAUGUUUCUCAGGUGAUAACAGAACAUCGUUAUGAACCAGCAAGUCCCGAAAGCCUUUUAGAAGCCUUCCGAGUUUUAGACCCCGAGGAGCACGGAUUUCUGACCAAAGAGUAUAUUUCCACCUUAAUGACUCAGGAUGGGGAACCUUUUAACCAGGAUGAGCUAGAUGAAAUGUUGGAGAUCGCUAUAGACCCACAAACACAAACAAUACCAUAUGAAUAUUAUAUUAACCAGCUAAUGCAUGAACCAACAGGCGAGGAUAAUAUUUAUAAUGUGGCUGACAGAGUAGAAUCAGAAAAACCUCCACCCCCUCCUCCUCCAAGGCGCAUGUCCGAUUAUUUGAAAGCUACCGAAGAUUUAGUCUAAAUUUCGAGCCUCACUAAAGCAACUCACAAUAUGGUCUAGGCCUUCCUGCACAGUAUGAUCCCUUGAAUAUACUAAGCUGGCUUUAGUAGCUUGCACAGCAACGGGAGUCUUUUUGGAAAUUUGUUCUGCUAGUCCCAAAGCACCUUGUAUCAUUCUAAAAUUUGAAAAAUAAAUAAAUACAUGCAUUGAAAUA